UUUGCUAUGUGCAAGUAGGCAUAGAAGCAAUAGGUACCUAUUUUCUUUGUGAAUUUUAUGUUAGAUUAUGAUUUCGAUUUCAUGAUUCAAAAUUGUUUUAAAUUGAGGAUAAAUUCUGUGAAGAGUAACAUUUUGUGUUAUUAUAUAUGUUUUACUAAAUAUAAUUGCGAUCGUGUCGACUGCCGGUGGUGUAGAAGUGAAAUAUGACCAAGCGUAACCUCAAUCGGGCGGAAGUUAUUUGGUGCUAGAUUAAGAGCCGCAGCUCAUCGUCUUAUUAAGUUAUAUGUGUUUUUUUUUCAUUAAGGAGCCGUUAAAUAAAAAUAGCUUGAUGCCACAAUAAUGGUGGAAAUAGGUGCACCUCAGCAGUCAGCGGAAGAAAGUCUAGAAAAUGCCGAUUGGUACUGGGGCGAUAUCACUCGGGAUGAAGCCAAUGAAAAAUUAAGGGACACAUGUGAUGGCACAUUUCUAGUCCGUAAUGCGUCAAAUAAAGAUGGCGGGUACACUUUAACUGUAAGAAAAGGAGGCACAAACAAACUAAUUAAAAUAUAUAAUCAAGAUGGCCGCUAUGGAUUUUGUGACCCCUAUGAAUUUCACUCGGUUGUUGAUCUGGUCAGGUUUUAUAGAGAAUACUCACUGGCACAUUGCAAUAGUAGUUUGGACAUUAAAUUGAUGUACCCAUUGUCAAGACUCCAGGAGAAUGAUGGUGGUGAAAACAUCAAUGAUGACACUCUCGAAAUUAAUUAUAAGGAAAUCCACAAAAAGUUGUUGUUAAAAACAAGAGAUUACAAUGAACGAUCUGAAAAAUAUUUGAGGCUUAGAGAAGAAGUUAAAUUCAAGAGGCAGGCACUUGAUGCAUUUAAAGAAACAGUAAAAGUGUGCGAAGAACAUUUAAAACUACAAGAGAAAAUGCAAGCAGAAGCACAGCCUCACGAAAAAAAUGAUCUAAUCGAAAAUAAUAGGCAGUUGAUUUCAAGAGUUAAUACUUUAAGGCAAGCAAGAGCACAGCUACAUAGUAUUCUCAGAGAAACUGUCGAAUCAAACUUAUUACUUGAAAGAGAAAUAACGAAGCUAAAAUCGGAAGUAAUCAAUUUGUAUAAAAUUAAAGACCGCUACAAAAUAUGGUUACAAAGAAGAGGGAAAUCUGAUGAAUACAUUCAGGCCUUAGAGGAUGAUAAUAUACACAAACUGGAAGAGCUGUAUGCACACCGGGAAUGUAUAACAUGGAUGGUUGAAAACUGCACCCGCGACACAGCUACAAGACUCCUAGAGGGGAAACCUCAAGGGACAUUUUUAAUACGACCCAACUCAACGGGUCAAUUAGCUUUAUCAAUAAGUUGUAAUAAUAUGGUGUAUCACUGUAUUAUAUCUAAGACUGAAAGAGGUUAUGGAUUUGCUGAGCCGUAUAAUAUUUACAAAACACUGAAUGAGCUAGUUCUCCACUAUGCUGUUAAUUCUUUAGAAGAGCAUAAUGACCAGUUAAGAACUGCAUUGAAAUAUCCAAUCAAUGCGCAUUUGGUCAAUAAACCAGACAAGAAAGUUCACAACUCACAGGAAUCAUAUCAAUAUCAUGAAAAUCAUCAAGAUACUCCGAUGCGAUCUCACCAGCACCGACAGUGGGAACAACGACAAGUAUUACCUUAAAUUGCAGCACAUAAACCCAAAGGGAACGGUCAGUGCUAAAGUUUGCUAUGAGAUGGCAAUCAUUAUCAAUUAUAGUCUGGAGAUAUGUGAUAUUUGAAUCAAUUUUCGAAUGGUGAAAAUCUUUUUGUAAGUGCUUUGUAUAAUGUUCUUCAAAUUGUAGGUGUAGAUGUAAAUUUUUUUGUAAUGUGUGAGUAUAUGUAUGUGAUUAAAUUUUUAAAGUAUUACAGGUGGAUACUUCAUAAUAUUGUUAUUGUUAAGAUAGUAGAUUGUGGUUAAACUAAAGUACUAUUUUAAGAAAACUCAAUUUUAAAUCAAUUCUGAACAUGCCCCACAGAAAUAAAAUGUGACAACACAUUGUAACUUAUUUAGUGAGUAAAAUUAUUGUGUAGUUGAUUUAGAGCAGUUUGGUAAAUCUUAUUAUUAAAAUUUUUGUGAUGUAGGCUCGAGAAUGUCUUGAGGCUGAACUAUUAUUUCACAAUUAGGCCGCUUGUCCACCAUCACCGGGAUGUUACUGACAAUUAAAUUAUUUCUGGAUGAGAUUAAGUAGACGCGACGACCUCUAUCGUUCAGUCAGUUUGUUGUAGUUAUCAUGCGUGGUAGUGCGUAUAGAUAAAACAAACUAAGGAAUGACUGUGUUCAACAUAACCUAACAUAUCGUUUUAUCCCAUAAACAUUCUUUACUUUCUAUAAUUUCUGUUAAUGUAGAAAUGGUAUUUAAUUUUCUUAUCUAUUUUUAUUUAUUGCACCUACCUAAUAUAAAUAAUCAAAAGCUGUUGCAGUGCGAUGAAGAUGUCGUAGAUGGACACUUUUAAAUGUGUCUUGUAUUGCCGUCAAGAUCUCGGGACUUCAGUUCUAGUGGACACCCGGCAAAUGUAUAUACAUACAUUUACUAAAUCGCCGUUGUCAUCUCAUACCCGUUGACGGUGGAAGUGGACAAACGGUCUUGCAAUAACUUUUAUUCUGGUUUAUAAGUAAACAAAUUUAUGGCUUUUAAUCAGUCAUUGAACAAGUAUUAAUGUGUUGGAGCAAUGGGCAAUGUACAAAGCUGCUAGUAGUUAUUAUUGUAUAAUAAUAAUAAUAGUUCCCAAUAUAAGUGAUGAUUUAUAAUAAUAAAUUAUGGUGUGCUUUUAUUUAUUAGACUAUUGUAUUAUAUCUAAAGUUACUGUGAUUAAAGCGUAUAGUUGAUUUUAUAUAAUAUAUUUAUUUUAAAUAUGGCAUAUAAUAUGUGACAAUUUCGAUUAUUUAUUUACAACAAAAGGGUUUCACACUUUUCAAUAUAAGCAAUUUCGAAAAUUGUAUUUAUCGAAAGUUCUCCAAUUCAAAAUUUACACCUUAAUUUUUGAUUUAUCUAUACUUAUACCGAUAUCAAAUAACUACCACAUUAAUAAAAUUAAGUAGAUACUUGUAAUAAUUUAAUUAAAAUAUUUAUUUAUGUAUAAGUGAGAUUUUGAAGUUAUUUUUUUAAUAUACAAUGUAGAAAAGUGUAGUGAUUAUCAAAUUACUAUGAUUUAAAAUUGGAUUAAUUUAAUGAUAGAUGUGUAUGAUUUAAUUUAACAAAUAAGUCAUUGAUCUCAAAAACUCAAUUUCGAACUGAUUACAAACAGUUUGUACCUAAUGCCUAGACACUCAAUAUCCUUUUUAUGAUGCCAUUUUAUAAAAUUCGUACAGUAAAUGUUAAUAAAAAAAAAUGUGGUAUAAAA